GAGCCUGAUAUUCCAUCGUGGGCUCCUAUUCUCUACCAACUACAGCUGCUGGAGUUCAGAGACAAACCAGACCCGUUAACCCUAUCCAUUGCUGAUCGUAUCCGCAUUGGCAACCAGAAACGAGAGCGUGGCAACUUUCACUUCCAGAGGGAGGAGUACAGCCUGGCUGCCACAGCUUAUCGCGCAGAGGAGGAAGAGGUGCAGGAAUACCGGGUGAAGUGUCUGAACAACCUGGCCACCACUCAGCUCAAACUGGAGCAGGUUGAUGAGGCGCUGCACACCAGUCGAGAUGUCCUGACCCUGGAGCCAAACAACGUCAAGGCCCUCUUCCGGGCGGGAAAGCUGCUGUCAGACAAGGGUGAAUACAAAGAGGCCAUGGAGGUGCUAAAAAAAGCACUGAAACUGGAGCCAGCUACCAAGGCGAUCCAUGCCGAGUUAUCAAAACUUGUCAAAAGACAAUCCGGAGGCAAAGACACGCAGCAAUGGAAAGCAAAACCGGCAGAGAUGCUUGGAGAGAACAUUGCACCUUUCCUAAUUCCUUCCAAGAAGAAACCAUCUGUAAGAACUCACACAGACAUAACGCAUGCAAGGAAUUUCCUGGAAGUUCAUACUGGGGGCUUUGGUGGUGGCCUUGGGAAGCUUAAUGACAUCAGUUGUUCUGACAGCAAGAAACUGAAAACCUCUGCA